AUGAAUCCCAUGGCGUAUCAGGCGUCGCCCUUCAGCCCCUGGUCUCAGGUCGCUCUCAACCCCAACAUGAUGACCUCUCAGCCUUCGCCGUAUGCCCACCCCUACUACCUCAGCGCCAGCUACAUGCCCAUGUACACGCAGGCAGGGACGCAGUACAUGUCGUACCAGCCAAACUUGUUUCAGAGCCCCCAAGAGACCAGGUCGAUCUCCUCUUCUUCUGCCGAGCCUGACGCGACCCGAAGCAGCAACACCGUCUACAAGACCAUGAGCGCGAGCCAGCGGCACACCAACGACUUCUACUCUACCAUCCAGAUGCAGCCGUGGCAGCCUCACAUGCAACUUGUUCCCUCCGAUCGGUCGACGUUUCAAACCAUACAGAUCUUCAACGACAGACAAGGUUCGGGGAGAGCGGGCGAGCGACCCUCCUCAUCUCCUUCAUGUGCUCUAAUGUGGUUGAUGUGCUCUAAUAUGGUUGAUGUGCUCUAA